AUGUCUUCACAUUGUGAAAUACGUGGUGAUUCAAUAUGUUCAACAAUGUAUCAUGGUGGUCUGCAACGUUCACGUCUUAUUCAACGAAGACAUUCAUUAUGUUCUAAACGUAUACUUAUGAUUAAAUGUAAUGGUGUACAAAAUAAUUUUGGAAAAAAAUACUACUAUGUCCUGCUGAUAGCUCUUAUGGAUAAUCAAGAAUUACGUACAGAUCAAAUAACACGAUGGAUAGCACAAAGUAAAAUGAUUGUUUUUCUUUGUGAACAAUCAUAUGUUCAAGAACGUCAAGAUAAAUAUUGGAAAUGUGUUGAAUUAGGUAUAAGAUUUUGCUCACAAAUCUACUAUUGAUGU